AUGGUUGAAAGGAUUUUGGAGGAAAUUAACGAGGAAGGAACUUCAUUAUUGAUAUUGAUUAAUAUCCCUUUUGGGUUCUUUAGAGUCAUUCAACAAUCUUGCAUUAAUACUCCUCUUAUAGUGUUUGUAAUGACAAAAUUUUGCCUAUAUUAACCAAAUACAGCUAGUAGAGGUUAUAUGGAAGAAAGGGAAAGGGGAAAACAAGAUGCAGUGGCAUCUGUAAGGGAAAUUUUUCGCCUUUCGGGACCUUUAUACCUCAAUGCUGUUGAUUGGGAAAAUUUAAAUCACCGAAAAUCAGUUGCUGCAAGCUUGGUUCAAGGAGUAUACAUUCUAGAACGUGACCGCCAACAAAAGCGCCAAGGGAACCAAUCUCAUGCUUCUCCAUGGUGGAACUUCUUCCACUUUCAAUUAGUUUGUCCACUUAUUGAUGAUGUUGAUUUCUCAAUCUUUGGUGCGAUUUAUGAACAUAAAUCGUUUGGUUUUUCUCAUAAUGCCCCAAAAUAUGUUAUUGCCUUCCGAGGAACACUAAACAAACCAGAUUCCAGAUUAAGAGAUGCUAAGCUGGACAUUCAGGCCAUGUGCAGUAAACUUCAUCAAAGUUCCCGCUUUCAGCUUGCAAUGCAGGCUGUAAAGGAUGUAGUUGCGACAGUUGGACCAGAUAAUAUUUGGUUAGCUGGACAUUCUCUGGGAUCAGCUAUUGCUUUGCUUGUAGGGAAGAAUAUGACCAAGCUAAAUUAUCCUAUUGAAACAUAUCUUUUCAAUCCACCAUUUUUUUCUGUCCCCAUAGAAUGUAUUAGUAAUAAAAAAGUAAAGCACGGGAUUCGGAUGGCAAGCAGUGUUAUGAAAGCAGGGAUAGCUGUUGCUGUAAAAGGCCAACACCAUGGUUCUGGAAAUGAUGACCCUUUUUUUGUAUUAUCUGACUGGGUUCCUUACCUAUUUGUUAACCCAGGUGAUCACAUCUGCUCUGAAUAUAUCGGUUAUUUUCAGCAUAGAAAGAAGAUGGAGGAGGUUGGAGCUACAAAGAUUGAGAGACUUGCAAUGCAAAAUUCUAUUGGGAAUAUGAUCUGUAGUGCGGGAGUGAGGGAUUGCGAACCCUUGCAUCUGCUGCCUUCAGCAUAUCUGACUAUCAAUAUGAGCCAGAGUCUGGAUUUCAGACGAGCACACGGAAUUCACCAGUGGUGGGAUCCAAGCUUUGAUGGCCAGUCCAAGCUUCAUUUGUUCAGAGUAUCAGAUAAGAAUUGUUUGAUCGUUAAUCGUUUGUCGAGACAACUUGGACUAAUUAAGAGAUGUACUGAGAGUGAAACUCCUGCAGGCUGAGGAUUAUCUUAUAACAGGAGGCUUAUGUUUCAAAAAAAAAAAAAGUUAAAUAUGAUUAAGGGAACGGUCAACAGUUAUGUGAUAGUUCUCCUUGUAUCAGUUAUUUUUAGCAACAAUCUGAUACUAAUAGUGUAGUGAAAUUCUCUUUCAGAUGUUGCUCAUUUUAUGAUUACAAGAACAGUCAUGCGCUUAUCACUAUCUGAGCCUGGUGUUAGUCUCAGCACAGUUGGAAAUUGAUUCUCAUUGUCGCCAAUAACAUUUACUUAUAAAGACAAUUGUUUCUUUCUUA